AUGGCUGUGACCGUACAUAUGUACAAAUCACCGGAAAGCCUCGUGCGCUACCGACUGCUCUCGGAGCCGGAAAUAGUCAAUCUGCUCUCGUCGACCCCGUCCGGAGGCUCGGAAGUAAGCGAACACCGGGAGGAGCAACCGUUGCCAGGGCAGCAUCCACCGCCGAACCGAUGCUCCGGCAAUUCGUUCGAUGCCAGUUGUAGUUCCGCAUCCGGAUCACCCUCAGGUGUUGAGAACAACGGUUGCAGCACCGUAUCUGGGACGUCUUCUACAAGCUCGUCCGGUGCGACGACCCAAUCGCCUCCAGCACCUAGCGCCACUGGUGUGGCCGUGGAAACUAUGAGCCGGAGCAACCGCCCAUCUACUACGACCCAAGCGAACAUGGUAGAGGUGUAG